CUUUUUUCCUCCGUUGACUCCAUUCAUGUCUCUUCAUUUCUUCAUCUUCUUCUUUUGGUCCGAUUUGUUAUGGCGGAAGGCGCGCUGGGAUGCAGAUGUUUAGAUCGCAGCUUUAUCCUUUGCCUGACGGCCAAAGAGUUGCCUGGCCCUAGAGUGUGGUCGGACGAUAGAGAUGGAUUCGGUAUGGACCAUUCAUGUUCUGACGAGGAAGAUGGAGGAUCUGGAUUUGAGGAAGUGCAUGAUGAAGAAUAUGAUUCAUAUUCAUUUGCGACUUCACAUGAUGAUGAUUCUUCUAGUACCACAACCGAGUCUAGGUCCAACACUAUUUCCCCCAAUGGAAGGUUCAAAAGGAUUAUUACUGGUUGGGAGAAGGGUGAACUCCUGGGCCGUGGGUCCUUUGCAUCCGUGUACGAAGGAAUUUCUCAUGAUGGAUUCUUUUUUGCCGUAAAAGAAGUUUCAUUGCUUGAUCAAGGAAGUCAAGAAAGGGAGAGUAUUUUCCAACUUGAGCAGGAGAUUGAACUUUUAAGUCAGUUUGAACAUGAAAACAUAGCCAUUAAAUUGAAUGAUGUCAAAUCUUGCAGAGGCACUGCAUUUUGGAUGGCUCCAGAGGUAGUAAAUCUGAGAAACCAAGGCUAUGGCCUUGCUGCUGAUAUAUGGAGCCUUGGUUGUACUGUAUUGGAGAUGUUAACCCGUGAGGUUCCUUACUCACAUCUGGAAUGUAUGCAAGCAUUGUUUAGAAUUGGGAAGGGCGAGCCACCACGGGUUCCUGCUUCUCUGUCAAAAGAUGCACGAGAUUUUAUCCUGAAAUGUCUACAAGUUGACCCAAAUAAUCGUCCAACAGCUGUUCAGCUCUUACAUCAUCCAUUUGUGAGGCAGCCUCCUCCGACACCCUCAGGCUCAGUUUCUCCUUAUCUUGGCAGAUGGAAUUGAGAAUUUCUUUCCAUAAAAACCUUGGCUGCAAAAGCAUCGGAGUCAUCCUCGCCUCCCCUUCAGUUACUGUAUUUCUGCCAUUUCCAUUUUUCUCUCACACAUCCAGUCCAGGACGAUAGAUUCCAAUCCCCCUGCCGUCGAUCUUCAUUCUCUUAUUCAUAGUUUCGUUUAUGAAUUUCGCAUUUCGUCGAUUGGGUGUUCCGAUCAUGUGUAUUGUGCAUACUUUUAUUUUAUUUUCUUCACCUUUCCCUGUUUUCGCUCUUUAGGGUUUCUUCUUUUUUGGAUGUCUUCUGUAUCGGUAUUGACUCGGGAUUUUCUUCCAGGAUAUACCAUGAUUUGUAUAAAUUUAGAUGUCUACAGUGCCGCCACCAAAUGCCUGCUAUAGUAUUUUGGGUUAGGGUAGUCAGGGGUAUAGGGCGAGGUAAGUGUGCUUACCAUGUAAAUGAAGUGCAAAAGUUGUGUUGUGCAUUUAGACCUUAAUGUUGGUUUCAUCUUAAGACAGAAAGGUUCUUUCGUCCCUGUAAAUUAUAAUACAAUCUUACCCUACUCGUUUGUUGGUUUGAUUGGAGAAGAUAAUUUUGUCUUUUAGGAGUGUCUUAAAGCUUGCUCAACUUUUAGAUGUUGUAUAUUUAUGAGGGAUUUUGAAUG